GUCGGUCAAGCCAUGUCCAAGGUUCCGUCAAGCAACAAUCCUCUGAGCCCAAUAAUCCGCAAAGUACAGUAUGUCAAAAUUAACCUGAUGGCCGCUCGUGAAUUUUACGGUAAUUUGUGGCUUUGCUAUGUGGGUCUGGUCAGAGGUGGUGGGGUGGUGAUGUAA